GCUGUUGUCAUCAUGAACAGACGACACAAAAACGUGAGCUGUGUUGGGGAUGUUAUUUGUGUGUUGCUUGAACGUUGGAUGAUCAGCGUGAUGGCGAGACCGUCUCUCACCGCUUGUUUAAUUUACAUCGUAAUUUCUCCGCGCGUAAACGUCUACGUAGCAUGUGACUGUCCCGGGCAAAGCGCCGGCGGUGGUGAUACCUGCCCGAUCUCUGACAGUCAACACGAAAAACACAAGUACCUCUACAACGGGCGCUGGUCGGGUUACUUGCAGGCCAUAAACAAGAGUCUGGAGGAAUACGUUCCCUGCGAAGAAGAGGACAACGAGUGUUCCUGUCACGCCCCAGUUAUCGACGACGACCUCAGUCCGUGGUCUAAGACGGGCAUUUCCGCCGAACUCGUCGAGCGCUCUAAGCCCAGGGGCGUGCUUUACCAAGUCGUGAACCACAAGCUGUACAGAAGCAAAGAGUGCAUGUUCCCGUUCCGUUGCCUCGGCGUGGAGCACUUCAUCCUCAAGAUUGUGGACGAGUUGCCCGACGUGGAGUUCGUGCUCAACACGCGAGACUGGCCGCAGACGCACAGGCUCGUCGAAUCCUUGCCGGUGUUCUCGUUUAGCAAGACGCGCGAAUACUCGGACAUAAUGUAUCCGGCCUGGACAUUCUGGGCUGGUGGACCGGCCAUCAGCCUUUACCCAACGGGUAUAGGCCGCUGGGAUCUGCAACGAGACAUCAUCGCCAAGGCGUCGAACGGAGCGUGGACUUGGGAAAAGAAAAAGGCCCUGGGAUUUUUCCGGGGUUCGCGAACAAGCGCGGAACGUGACCCAUUGAUCCUACUGUCCCGGAGCAAGCCUGAACUUGUUGACGCACAGUACACCAAAAACCAGGCUUGGAAGUCGGACCAGGACACCUUGGGGCGGCCCGCUGCCAAGGAAGUGCGCUUUGAAGAUCACUGCAAGUACAAGUACCUCUUCAACUUUCGCGGAGUCGCUGCGAGUUUCCGGCUCAAACAUCUCUUCCUGUGUAAGUCUCUUGUCCUUCACGUUGGUGAUGAGUGGCUCGAGUUCUUCUAUCCGCAGCUGAAGCCCUGGGUUCACUAUGUGCCUGUCUCAGUGGAUCUCAAUGAGGUCGAAAAGCUACUGGAGUUUGCAACGGAAAACGACGAAGUGGUGCGUGAAAUAGCUGAGCGGGGCUACGAUUUCAUAUGGAAACACCUGAGAAUGGAAGACGUGCAAUGUUACUGGCACAAGCUGCUGAAAAAAUAUGCAAGUCUGCUGCGGUACAAGGUUAAAAGAGACAAGUCUCUUGUAAGAAUCACAGAAAAACGCUGAGCUUUGCCAUAAUGACUGGAAGAGACCUACAGCCAAGUACCAUUUCUUUAGUGCAGUGAAAAUCUUCAUGGUCAGAAUCUCAAAUGUUAUGCAAAAUUUUUAUCAUUUUAUUAUAAGCAUGGGCAUGGAGUCGAAUGAUACAAACAUGCUCGAAGCAGUGAUAGGUGAGCGCAAAUUAACGUUUCCUGAAUGGACUACUGCUACUUCACUGGAGGCAGCUUCCUUCUGGAUAUCAACCACCCAUCAGAGUUCUCCCAAAAAUCUGCUACCAAGUUCCAAGUGUGCCUGUGUUUCGUAAAAAAGAAUGGAGCAGAAUUGUAACAGCAAGUGAACAUUUGUAGCGGUCAAACCUCAUGUGACAGCCUUUCCCGGUGGUGACUUGCAAAACUUUAUGCACACAGCUAGUGGCCGCCGUUCAAAGACAAAAUCAUAUCAUCGAACACUCUAAAAAAUUGGCCCCAUAUCUGCAUGUUAAUCUGUAAAUGUCGUCGAAAGACGCUA